CCAUCUCAGAGCAAUCCAACUGCUUACCGUCACUCCUUAUUCACUCUUUGAUUGAUUUCAACUACACUCACUAUGCGAUCCUUUUUUAUGCUUGGCGCUGCCGCCGUGGCCGCCGCCGCCGCUGCUCAGCCCAAAUAUGUCCUGUACUACGACCAGUACCACACCACCGACUUGCCCGACAAGGCCACCGCUGCUGGCAUCAACUAUGUCAUCACCGCCUUCGCCAACUCGUCGCUCUUCACCACCGAGCCGUCCGGCGUUUACACUCCCUUCCAGCCCCUCGACGAGAUCCGCGCCCUCUUCGACGAAGGUACCAAGGUCUGCAUGGCUAUUGGCGGCUGGUCAGACACCGCCGGAUUCAGCGAGGGUGCCAAGACCCCCAAGUCCCGCAAGCUGUUCGCCAAGAACGUCGCGAAGACUCUUGACCGACUCGGAUACGACUGCGUUGACAUCGAUUGGGAGUACCCCGGUGGCAAUGGUGCCGAUUACAAGACCACCCCCAACUCGGCGAAGACGUCUGAGAUCCAGACCUACCCCAAGCUGCUGGCCGCCAUCAAGGCCGAGAUCGGAAAGAAGGAGCUCUCCAUUGCUGUCCCCGGCCUUGAGCGCGAUAUGAUCGCCUACACCGCUAAGCAAGUCCGCAAGAUGAACCUGGUCGUCGACUUUGUCAAUGUCAUGACCUACGACCUGAUGAACCGACGUGAUAGUGUCACCGCUUACCAGGUUUCUGUUGAGGGAACUCUCAAGACCAUCAACACCUACAUCAACCGCGGCUUCAACCCCAGCAAGCUCGUCGGCGGCAUUCCCUUUUACGCCAAGUGGUUCACCACCAAGAAGGGAGUCGCCUGCACCACCUCCACCGGCUGCGCUACCGAGUCUCUCGAGGCUGCCGACGGCUCUGACACCGGCAAUUCUGGCUCCGUCACCUUUGAGAAGGGCAACUUCGCUAGCGCCCCGGCCAACCUCACUUCCUCUCCUGAUGGCUCUUGCGGCGUGGGCUCUUCGUUCAAGUGUGGCGAGGGUACCUGCUGCAGCCAGUACGGAUACUGUGGAAACACCACCGCUCACUGCGAAACUGGAUGCCAGACCGGCUACGGCAGAUGCGAGGGACUCAACGUCCUCGCCUCUUUCCAGAAGGCUCUCGCCGAGGGCAAGACCGACACUGCGGCCGGCGCCCAGUGGUACUGGGACUCCGAGACCAGCCUGUACUGGAGCUGGGACACCCCCGAGCUGAUCAAGCAGAAGAUCUCCACCCUCCUGGGCCAGGGCAUCGGCGGCUUCAUGGCUUGGAGUCUCGGUGAGGAUGGCUACGACUGGAGCCACCUGAAGGCCAUGCAGGAGGGUAUCAAGUCCUUCAAGCCCACCUCCUACGGACGACAUGCCAAGGCCCACAUCGGCUACCGUCGCUAA